AAUUUGGGUUGAUUGGCUUUAUUCUCUCAUGAUCUCAUCUUUGUCACAGUUAGUGGCCAGAAAUGCUGUUUCGAACCUUCCUAAAAGAUUAGAAUCAUGUAUAACUACUUCAACAAGAAAUCUAGAAGAAGGCUCCUCUUUCUGGAGAUGAUGUUUACGAAACAAUAACAGAGAAUGCUCUGCCAAGCUUGGUCACGAGAUAUGACAGGGAUUUUGACUAUGACUAUUUUGGUUGGAAGACCCUUGAGAAGUCUUACCACCUAAAAAUUGAUGAUAGUGUAGUGGAAAGGCCACCGCACAUGUUAGCUCUUCUUUUUUUCCAGCCAACAGCACAUGUUAAUGAGGGUUACUGUUGGUAUUCACAAAGCUGACAUUGACACUGCUAUAAGAACAUACCAUUUGAUGUCCCAGCCUUGCUAUGCUCAUGGUACACCUACCCUUUCCAAUGCAGGAACUCCAAAACCUUGACAACAUUAGUACCAAGUGUACACUCAGUUGCAUAGCUGUUUUCUACUCUGCAUGAAGGAUGACAGCAUUGAGGGCAUAUACGACCCUCUGAGGGAGUGCACUGUUACAAGUAAAUCUGAGGAAUUGAUUUACAGAAUGCAUCUGUCAAUAGAUAUUUCAAGUGCAUAUCAGUAAAAUGUUUCCUGGACAUCUCAGCAAUUAUGAGCUUGAGCCUCCGUGUUGGAUGUCUAAAGUUUGAAUCAUAGGAAAUAUGCAAUUAAUCUUUUGUUCCUUUUCUGGCGUAUAGUUGUUGAGUGGUUCAUCGGAAUUGUUGCAUAUUAAUCAUAGGAAAUAUGCAAUUAAUUAUUACCAUAAUAUGGCACAUAAAUUUUCCUUCUUGAUGCUGAUGGUUAAGUCUGUUUAACUCAGGGCAGGACAAGGAUGCUUAUUCUGCAAGGAAACUCUGGUUUGAGAUUCUAAUUUCUCAGAUUGAAACAGAAACUCCUUAUGAGCUUUUUAAGAGGUUAUUGAGUUCACAAGUCUUAACAGAAACUGCAGUGUGCAAUGCAUGCAUGUAAUAUUUCCAAUGGGUGUUCAACUGUAGGGUCUCAAUUCAAAGCAUGUGAAGUUUGUUUGAUGUAACUGCAACUGUUGCUGCAAACCUUAACAAAAUUAUUGAUAUCAAUUACUAUCCUGUUGAAAGUGCAAGGAAGUCAGAUUUACGACAUAAAUGGAUUGGUAUUGGGUUCAGGGUCUCGCUGAAACCUUCAUCCUACUCAGCAUGCCAUUCGAUUCUCUGGGGGCCAAACAGUUGAAUAAGGGUAUGUAUAUGAG